UCUUUUAAUUUGCCAAUUUCAUUUUCGCCGCCACCGCUGCCUGCCACUAGUACGUCUGCGUCUGCAGGUCAACGCCUGGAAAAAACUUUGAAAAUUGUUGAAAAAUAUUCCAAGUAACACAAUAAAUCAAAGAAAAACGUACCAAAAGGUGCAGAAAGUGUUGGUGAUAAGGAAAAACAAAAUAGUUUACAAAAAAUUGCAGUGCUUUUGCAAUUUAUUGGUGCGAAAAACGCCGAAGUAAUAAAAAAGAAGAAGAGCAGCUGCAAGAAGCAUCACAAGGGGACAGCAUUGCAAGCGUUGUUGCCAAAAGAAGGCGUUGGAUACACACAACGAGGAAAGCUAUCCAAAGACAGGGAAAGCAAAAAAUCAAGAGUCGAGGCAAAGCAAAGUCGUGAAAUAAAAUCAAUUAUUUUAGGAAGGGGUACUAGAGUGCGCAAGUUUUGUUCCCGCUUUUACCGCUUAUAAAAUACCGGCCUGAAGUGUGUAUACAUCGGCAGCUAACCUACGCUUCGAAUAUAAAGCAUUGAUUUUCCACAAUUGGAAUUUGAAUUCCUUGCUGAAGUGUUUGUGUUUUUACGUGUUAAAUAAAUUUCGCCGCUAAACUGUUUUGACGCGUUGUAUACUGCAAAAUGGGCGCGUACCUAUCCGAACCGAAAACGGACAAGGUGUCUACGGACGAGUCUAAUGAUAUUUUGACAGUGGGAGCUAGCUCUAUGCAAGGUUGGCGCAAUAAUCAGGAAGACGCUCAUAAUUCCAUUUUAAAUUUCGAUACAAAUACCUCAUUUUUUGCCGUUUACGAUGGACAUGGGGGCGCCGAAGUGGCUGCCUAUUGUGCGGAUCAGCUACCGCAUUUUCUAAAGAAAUUAUCUACAUACAAAGAAGGCGAAUUUGAAAAGGCUUUAAAAGAAACAUUUUUGGGUUUUGAUAAGACACUGCUGGAACCACAAGUGGUAGAGAUAUUAAAGUUUUUGGCUGGCGAAAAAGGUUUUGAUGGCGAUGAUAGUGAUGCCCAUGAGGAUGAUGAAGAUUUUGAAGAUUUGGCUGAGCUUCACGAAGAGAGUCAUUUGCCUUUAGAUGAAGUUUUGGAAAAAUAUAAAGGUGGACCAUGCAUGCCAUCGCUAAAACGUGUUAAAGAUGGAGCGUCUGGCGCUAAACCGCAAUCGCCUUACUUGCGUGGUAGGCGCGCAGCUGCUGUUAUAGCCGAUGCUACAAAUAAAGCAGUACUGGAUCCAGAAUCCAAACCAGAAGGAUCCUCUACAUCAGCUGCCGCCACGGCUGCUGCCAUAUCGGGCGAAAGUGGUCCCAGUUCUUCGCACAAACCAUCAUCUGUAGGUACAUCGUCAAAGACAGAUUCCAUAACUUCCGAGUCAGGUCCAAGCUCAUCAAAUAGCGGCAAUAUAGCAAAAAUGGACACAGAUGAGCCCGAGGAGGAUUCUACCGUCAGUAGCAGCAGCUCGAGUGCAAGUAAACCCACUAAUAAUGUUUCUGCUGAACCAGAAAACAACAAACCUGAAAGUAACACGGAAAAGAAUUCUGCAAACGGUCCUGGAGCAACAGUGGCCUCUGACAGUGCAUCGUCCUCGGAAAACAACAAGGAAGUUUGCCCGGAUUCCUCGCAUACCAAAGAGGUGGAACAGAACGGUAGUGUAUCUUCAUCAGAGAAAAAGCCAAUUAAAAAACAGAAUGCUGCAGGCGCAGAAAUGGACACAACUGUCUCCGGUUCAAAUGAUGCUGCGAGGAGAAUACAAAAUGGCACCAUUGGAAGUACAUCAUGCUCUGCAGCAAAUAAACAAGUGGCUGGUAGCACUACAAUAACUUCCACCAGUAAGGAAUCCAAGAAGCUUAAGAAAACGGAUGUAAGUGGAGAGGAAGAUUCCACCGAUGAUGAUGCCGAUUACGAAGAGAAUACUGAAGAAGGUGAUGCUAGACACAGUUUGGUGUAUUCCUCUGAAGACGAAGAAAUUGAAGAAGCUGAGAAUUCAAGUGUAUAUUCGUCGGAUGAAGAGAUUGAAGAAGAAGAGGAAGAGGAUGAAGAAACCGCACUUGCCAACGAGCAAUUCUGUGCCGAUAUGAUUGAGGAGCCCGGCAAGGAUAGUGGCUGCACUGCUGUUGUCGCACUAUUAAAUGGUCGAGAUCUAUAUGUGGCGAACGCUGGCGAUUCGCGAUGUGUAGUGUGCCGCAACGGCAAAGCUAUCGACAUGAGUUUGGACCAUAAGCCGGAAGAUGAAGAGGAAUCAGCGCGUAUUAUAAAAGCUGGUGGUCGGGUGACUUUAGAUGGUCGUGUGAAUGGUGGCUUAAAUCUUUCCCGUGCUAUUGGAGAUCACGCUUACAAAAUGAAUUUGGAAUUGCCCGCCGAAGCGCAAAUGAUAUCUGCGUUACCGGAUGUGCGAAAACUUAUUAUCACACCAGAGGACGAGUUCAUGGUAUUGGCUUGUGAUGGCAUUUGGAACUAUUUAUCUAGCGAGGAAGUUGUUGAUUUUGUGCGUCAACGUUUGAAGGACGAUUCAAAAAAGAUGUCACAAAUAUGUGAGGAGCUUUUUGAUACAUGUUUGGCUCCUAAUACCAUUGGCGAUGGAACGGGCUGUGACAAUAUGACGGCAGUCAUUGUACGCUUUGAAUCUAAAAUUUUGGAUUUACCAACUAAACUAAGUCCCGAGGAAAUUGUGCUUAUUAAGGAUGUUACCGCUAAAACUUCUAACACUAACACAUGCACCCCAAAGAGUGAGCAGCCAUGUCUUAAACGCGCAGCCUCCCCAAGUUCCGAUGACAAUUCCAACGAAGCCGAAAAUGCCAACAAAACCAAACGUUUGAAGACUGACGAGGAAACCACCUCAACAACAACCAACACAAAUAAGUCUACAGCUGAGACAUCUGCAUGCAGUAACAGCGAUGCAGCGGCCAGUAGCAGCACUUCAGAGGCAGCGGCAGCAGUUGCAAGUAUUACGGAUCUAAAGGAUUGCGAUAGUAACACUACGGCCAGCAGCAAUGAUGCAGCGGAUACUGAUAAUAUCGCAGUGUCCUCGACGUAAAUACAUACAUAUAUUAUUUGUUAAAAGCCAGCAGUAAUUGGAGUGUGUGUAUUCCAAAAUUGGUUGACUCCAUUUAAUAUAUAAAGAAGGGAUUCUAUGUUUAAUUUUUAAGAAAAUCACAAAAUCUCGUCUGCAUGAGAGUUCUAAUUUUCACAAUGACUAAUAUUAAGAUUUUAAAGCGAUUCGAGGGAGAAUCAACAAUACCAAGUUUACAGUGGAUUCUUGUAAUACCUUUUGUACGAAAUAUUGACCAAUCCAAUAGCAACAAGAACUGGAGUAAUAUUUUCUUGAGUUCAACAUAAAAGUAAGGAAUAAAAUAAGCUCUCAUUAGUGAAAUUUCUAACAGCUCUAA